AACACUUCCUUGAGGGCAGAAACUGAGAGAAGAGUUUGUAAGGCUUGAGAAUAGGAGAAAAGAUGGAACAAACCUUCAUCAUGAUCAAGCCCGACGGCGUCCAGAGGAACCUGGUCGGUGAGAUCAUUGGCAGAUUUGAGAAGAAGGGUUUCUCUUUGAAAGGAUUGAAGCUUUUGAGCGUGGAACGUGGUUUUGCCGAGAAGCACUAUGAGGACCUGUCCUCAAAGCCAUUCUUCAAUGGGUUGGUUGAGUACAUCAUUUCUGGCCCAGUUGUUGCCAUGAUUUGGGAGGGCAAGAAUGUUGUUACCACUGGUAGGAAGAUUAUUGGAGCUACAAACCCAUCUGACUCUGCUCCUGGCACCAUCCGUGGUGACUUUGCUGUUGACAUUGGCAGGAAUGUGAUUCAUGGGAGUGACUCAGUGGGGAGUGCACGGAAGGAGAUAGCACUGUGGUUCCCAGAAGGCCCUGUUGCCUGGAGCAGCAGCCUUAACCACUGGAUCUAUGAGUAAAAGUUCAAUAUUUUUGUGUGGGUUGAGCAUUUAGUAGCAGCCAGCCACCCCCUUAGUUAUUUAUGUGGUUUGCGAGUCUUGUUUACUUUAAAUUAAGCAACUUCUAAGUUUUGACUUGUUUCAGGUUGAUUAUAAUCGGAUCCUUAGAGGAUCUGUUUCCCAAGUUAAUGUUGUUAUGCCUCAGGCACUUUAAUUAACAUAAUUGGUAUAAUUCAGAGAGUGCUGCUGAUCUAUAUGAUUAGCAUCUUAUCA